ACUAGCAUCUCCGAUGGGCAAGAGCGGGAAGAAGACGGAGUCCCACCGGCAUCAACAUGGCCGAGGUCGCCGUGCCUCACGCUUCCGCGGCGGCGGCGACGAAGACGGCGACGAAGACGGUGACGAAUUGCCUUCAUCAGCCUAUGACGCUCCACCGUCUCACCACGAGGACUCCGACGGUGACGACACCGAUGAAGCAGCGGCCGAGGACGAACACGAGGAGGACGUGGAUGGAGGUGACCAGGACCUGCGGGAAGCAGGUUCCAUGCCUUCCAAAUUCCACCUAUAUCAGCUCUCCGUCCAGUCGCCAAAAGGCGACAUUAGCUAUUUGCAGAAGUUCUUUCUUAUGUACGUCGGCGGGCGCGUCGCUCUGCACCUCCAGGAGGAUUUCUGUGGCACAGCUCUCCUCAGUACUGAGUGGCUUCGUACUGAUGCAAGGCGUACGGCAGUUGGCUUAGAUUUGGACCUUGAGUCACUUGAGUGGUGUCUUGGAAACAACCUGAGCAAGAUUGGAGCUGAUGGUUAUUCAAGGCUGUUGCUUUUCCAUGGAAAUGUUCUACAGCCAAAUCAAGCUCGGCUUGUCAAGCAAAAGAUCAGUGAUAUCAUGCAAAAUCUGCACGUAAACACUGAUAAUAACUCUUUAACAAGUGAUAUAUGUGAUCAAUUGAAUCCUGCUAGUCCAAAAGGCACAGCCAAUUCAACCAUGUCAGAUGUAGUUUUGCCUGCAAGAGACAUUAUUUGUGCAUUCAACUACAGUUGCUGUUGCCUACACAGGCGAAAGGACUUGGUUUUGUAUUUUAAGCAUGCUCUCAAUGCACUGUCAAAACGAGGUGGUAUAUUUGUAAUGGAUGUGUAUGGUGGCACAUCAUCUGAACGCAAGCUACGUCUGCAGAGGAGGUUCCCCAGCUUUACUUAUUUCUGGGAGCAAGAAGAGUUUGAUAUCAUUAGUCGCCAAACAAGGAUCAGUCUCCACUUCCAAGCUGGGAAGAAGCAAAUGUUACGGCAUGCUUUCACGUACCAUUGGCGCCUGUGGUCGAUACCAGAAAUUAAGGACUGCUUGGAGGAAGCUGGAUUUAAAUCAAUUCAUGUCUGGAUCAGGGAGAUGCCAAAUACCCAAUCGGGUGGAAAUGCCAAAGAAUAUAAUGCUAAUCGUGAUGUGAAGUAUGAAGAAUUACAGCAUUUCAAUCAAGGAGAUGCUUGGAAUGCAUAUGUAGUUGGAGUAGCAAAUAUCUAGUUGAUGCUACCUUCUUUUUUAGAGAGAGGAUGUUAGAAACCUGGGCACUUGCAGAUUUCUCUUUUGAUGCUAUCCGAACAGUUCGUCUGCUGCUGCCUGACGGAGUAAUAUUUUUUCGCUAAUGUAUGACAAUACGAGUGCUACUUGUUCCCGUUUGACAAUGGCUUGCCUUAUCAUUGCUACCAGAAAUGUGAAAUUGCUUCACUCUAUGCCAAGAAACUAGUGAAGUUGUAUGUCUUGGCUGUGGUACUCGUUUCAUGAUAUCGCAUCAUCUUUGCACCGAUCAAAUAGAGAGCAAUCAAACAACAAACACAAUCUUCUGGAGAUGGUGAUUUAAUGAUUCUUUGAUACAGUCAUACAGGGGUUGUGUCUGUCCAUUUAUUAGUUUGAUGAACUAAGCGUUUCAGGUUCAUACC